AUGGCCACUCUCCAAAUCUCGACACCUGAGCCCGUCAUUGCCACUCGACCGGCGCGCCCCACGACGACGACGGCCCACGUGCUGCCCGCCGCCGACACGUUCGACUCGGACCUCGAGACCGCGUCGCUGCUGUCGCACCCGCUCCUUCCCACGCGCUCUGAGGCCCGCGCGUGGACGACAGUAAUGGGCCACCGCCGCGCGCGCGGCCACCAGGUCGGCAAACAGGGCGCGAUCGUCCUGCUCUGCUGCAUUAAUUUGCUCAACUAUAUUGACCGCGGCAUCAUCCCCGGCGCGCCCGAGAAGUUCAACCACUUUAUCACGGCGACGCUGGGCGUAGACGUCUUGAGUCAGUCUGUGUACUUUGGUCUGCUCACGUCGGCGUUCAUUGCCACGUACUCUGUGUUCUCCAUUGUCUUUGGCUACUUGGCGCUCACGCACCGGCCGUUCCGCAUCAUUGCAGCGGGCAUGACGGUCUGGAUCGGCGCCGUGGUCAUCUGCGGCCUCGCGCAGGUGGCCGAGAGCUACUACGUCUUGAUUGCUGGCCGCCUCGUCAGCGGCGUCGGCGAAGCCUCGUUCCAGUGCACGGCCACGCCGUUCAUCAACCGCUACGCACCGCCGGCCAAGCGGUCGCUGUACCUCGGCGUGUACUUGGCGUCGAUCACGGUCGGCACGGCGAUUGGGUACAUUUAUGGCUCGCUCUUUGCCAACUCGGCACUUGGCUGGGCUGGUGCGUACUACGUGGAAGCGCUGAUCAUGGCUGGCUUUGUGGUCUGCUGCCUCACGAUUGUACCAGAGGAGCUGAACCAGAUCCCGGUGAAGGAGGCGACGAGGCUCGAGGUGGAGAGCAAGCAGAGCGGCGUCGCGCUGAGUACUCCAGGGGACGAAGACAAGACUGGGUUGACUGCUUAUGUGGAAAACAACGAGCGCAGUGAGCCGGUUGAGAGCGUGUCGUUUUUUGUGGAGCUGUGGGCCAUCGGUAGCUGCGUCCCGUUCAUACUCGUCACUCUGGGACAGGCAGCGUACACGUUUUCGUUGGCGGCGAUGAGCACGUACAGCCCGGCCAUCUUUAUUGGCCUCGGACUCUUUGAGAGCGAGACGAUUGUGUCGCUCGUGUUCGGUGGACUUGUCGCUGUCACUGGUACCGUCGGCACACCGGUGGGAGGACUGUUGGUGGACUACCUCGCAAAGAAGAAGCCCGAAGAGAUUGGUCGUCGCUGCAUGGUUUCCAUGAAAGCGCUGUUCUACUUCAUGCUGGCAGCGAUAGUGUUUGGCAUCUUCAUGGUGGUCUUCGUCAGCACGAGACUGCUGUGUCUGCUGUUCCUCACGCUCUGCCUCUUUUGCAUGUGCGUGCUAUCCGUUCCUGCGACGAUAUCCGUGCUCGAGCUGUUUCCAAAGUACCGGCAGUCCAUGGCCGUUGCGACAAACACGCUGCUGAUUCACGCGCUGGGAGAUGUGCCGUCUCCGAUCAUUAUAGGCUUUAUAAAGGACAAGUGGGCUCCGCUCUGUGGCACAGUGGAGGUGGACGGUGAAGCGCAGCUGAACCCGCGCUGUCCAGAGGAUCACUCUGGGCUUCGCGAUGUGCUGCUCUUUGCCGUGGUUUGGCUCGCGUGGGGCAUAAUGCUGUGGGGUGCUACUGUUCUGGUGAUGAAGCGGAAGCUGCAGGACGACAAACGGCGUGCAGCUCGGGGCGGCGCCGUCUCAGGCUCGGCAUAA